AUGUUUCAGACCAUACAAACACCCAUUCACAAGGCAUAUAGCCGCCAAACCCCAAGGCCUUUCGGCCUUAAGGGCAAAUGUUUGGCCAAAGGGCCACAUGUGCUCCAAAGCCCACAUAAGGAUAUGAACCACGACCCAUCAAAAGGGCCACAUUUGUUGAUUAAACUGCGGAAGGCUAAGGCAGUUAAACACAAAACUACACUACUGGAAUUGGAUUCCAGUACAAAGCAGUGA